AUGCUGAGACAGUUGCAGCUGCGUUGGAGUGGCCAUCCCGUGCGGAUGGACGACGCGCGUCAAUCCAAACGACUCUUCUACGGAGACGUCGCAAUGGGUUCUCGCCGCCAAGGAGGCCAAAUACGCCGUUACAAGGAUACCCUGAAGUCCUCCCUGAAGCGUCUGCAAAUCAAUCCGGCCAACUGCGAAGACCUGGCUCGAGACCGACCGACCUGGUCGAGAACAGUGAAGACAGGCGCUGCGAUCUAUGAAGCCAACCGCAUCGCCGCAGCCAAAGCCAAAAGCGAAGCACGCAAAUCACAGCUGCGCCACCUCGUAAUGCCAACGCGCAGCCGCCCUCGGUAUCAACGGACAUUCCGGACACGAACUGGACUUGUUGGACACCCUCGGAUAAACUGCACCACUCGCACCGCACCAACCGCCGUCCCCUCGUCCACCUCUUCCUCGUCCUCUCCGCCGCCAGCUAACUCUGACCGCUCUCCUGAUUCGUCAUUUCCAUCCUCCUCCGCUUCUACAUCGCCUACCGUCUUGGCGCCUGCCACGCACAUCAACACUGCACGCAAUCCUGACACAUCCUCAAACGUCAAAACCACUACCGUCAGCAGGACUACACAUGCCCUCACUGCGACUGCACCUUUACCUCACACAACGGUCUGGUCGGUCACUUGCGAAUCCAUCGCACAGAGGCUGGCGAACCAGUGCCUGGGGCGCUGCAACCGCCUCCAUUGUCCACGCAAGUAGGAAGUGUGCGUCUCGACUCAGUCUCCGUGCGGCUCCCGUUGCACGGGUGAUUCGGGCCUGAGACUAUCCCGACGCGUCAAGCGCCGUUGAUAGGAAGGCUGCUGACUGCCGCCCCAACCCGGUUCCCGCAGUCCGUCCAGCUGUGUAUGUGUGUGGAGUGGUGGAAUGGUGGGCUGGGGGCCGGGCCGAGACAGCUCCCUCCACAGCAUUCACUCAUUUGAGAGAUACGCCGCUCAAUCCCCGUUAUGCGAAAUCCCGGUGCUUGUAUUUGCGGGACUAGUUCGUGCAUGUUGCGCUCGCAGACAAGGUCACUAGACCAUGUCAGCUACCGCGUCCAUUCCCCGCAACUGUCAACUGACCGGCUCUGACAGUGGCUGGGGCCUGGGCAUGGGAAGGGAGAGUGAGGUCGACGACUCAGCGCAUUUUCCUCACUAUAAACAAUCUGACGCGCUUGAAGCUAUCACGGUGCGCUAAAAGCCGUGGCUUGGAAGGUUGCCAACUGACGGGAUAACUUGGACCUCGACUGGAGGUCUGAGAGUCAGGCUGCAAUGGCUCCUUCUUAAUAUGACUAUUAUGGUACUCCCACUGUGUGGGAUCCGAGCCGGGCGUUGGCGGCACGCCUAAGUGCGGCUUCGGUCGUGCAAGCCUCCACUCUCUUUGUUGUUGUUGUUGGUCAAAAACCUGGUCCUAUGUUGUGUGGAUCAGGGGGUGUGGUUGAACGCCAAGGUGAGGAUCCGUCCGAGCCAUCCACCUGCGGCCUCCCCGCCUCUGGUCUUCUUGACAUCGGACUCAGGUGGGGGGGGGGGCGGAGGAGGAUGAGGAUGAGGAUGAGGAUGAGGACGAGGAGGAGGAGGAGGAGGAGGAGGAGGAGGAGGAGGAGAACGUAUGGUAG